AAGAUGGCUGUGCCUCCCACGUAUGCUGAUCUUGGCAAGUCUGCCAGGGAUGUUUUCACCAAGGGCUACGGCUUUGGCUUAAUAAAACUUGAUUUGAAAACAAAGUCCGAGAAUGGAUUGGAAUUUACCAGCUCAGGCUCCGCCAACACAGAGACUACCAAAGUAAAUGGCAGCCUGGAAACCAAGUACAGAUGGACUGAAUAUGGGCUGACAUUUACAGAGAAGUGGAACACAGACAACACCCUGGGUACCGAGAUUACCGUGGAAGACCAGCUCACCCGUGGACUGAAGCUGACCUUUGAUUCAUCCUUCUCGCCUAACACUGGGAAAAAAAAUGCUAAAAUCAAGACAGGGUACAAGAGGGAGCAUAUCAACCUGGGCUGUGAUGUGGUCAUUGACAUGGCUGGGCCCUCCAUCCGGGGUGCUCUGGUGCUUGGCUAUGAGGGCUGGCUGGCUGGCUACCAGAUGAAUUUUGAGACUUCGAAGUCCCGAGUGACCCAGAGCAACUUCGCAGUUGGGUACAAGACGGACGAGUUCCAGCUUCAUACUAAUGUGAACGAUGGGACAGAGUUUGGUGGCUCCAUUUACCAAAAGGUGAACAAGAAGUUGGAGACUGCUGUCAAUCUUGCCUGGACAGCAGGAAACAGUAACACUCGCUUUGGAAUAGCAGCCAAGUAUCAGGUCGAUCCUGAUGCCUGCUUUUCGGCCAAAGUGAACAACUCUAGCCUGAUCGGUUUAGGGUACACUCAGACCCUAAAGCCAGGUAUCAAACUGACGCUGUCAGCUCUGCUGGACGGCAAGAACGUCAAUGCGGGUGGCCACAAGCUUGGUCUAGGACUGGAAUUUCAAGCAUAAAUGAAUAUUGUACAAUCGUUAAUUUUAAACUAUUUUGCAGUAUAGCUACCUUCAGAAUUUAGUGUACCUUUUAAUGUUGUAUGUUGGGGAUGCGAGAAUUGAUAAAUACCACAUUAGAUGUCCAGGCUAAGGAUGACUCGGCUUUAAGGUGUUUUCCAUUUCAGAGGCACAGCAGAAAUCCAUUCCUAAAAGGAUCCUUUUAGCUGUAGAUGUGGGUUGGGGAGGAGCCACUCCAGAGACGUCAGGCUGCAAGUGGAAGCUUAAUGUUUGGGUCCUUUGUAAAUCUGUGUCGAGUCCACAGAUGAAAUUGCGACUUCCUGAGCAUCGAAUCUUGGUGUCCCAAUCCUAACUGCUGAGAAGCAUGUACACACCUGUGUGGAAGGGACUUUUAAGACAGAUCACCAUGCCCUGUUCCCAUCCUAGCCCAUCAGUUUCCC